AUGCCGGACCUGCACCGUCAGCCCCCAAAGAAUUAUGGCCAGUUUAUGCCGGUCGAUAGGAUUAACAGCACCACCGAAACACCCAAAGUUCUCCAGAACUCGAGCUCCAAGCGGCGCGAACAGAUCGAGCAGCCGCCACAUUCGACACCACCUAAGAGAAGGAGAAUAGAACUGUCUCCAUCGAUGACCCCGCGGUCCGCCCGCACCGCAGAGGCCGGCUGGACGCGUUCCCCCUCUCCCAAGGGACGGCCCUCGUCAAGCAACCUGUCGGCGACCAGCAACCGGAUAGCAAGCAGCACCGUGGCCGAGUUGCGGCUGGUCGACACAUCCACACGCAUCCAAUCGCGGCGGCGGCGGCGACGACACGGGCGCGGCGGCGAGGACGCUUUUUCGGCCAUCACUCUGCCUCGUGGCAUAAUUGUUGACGAUGUGGACAAGGAUGAGAACGGGGACGAGGACGGGGAGAGUGCCGUGGAGGUGGUAUCUUCCAGCAAAGCAGCGCCGAACCACCGGAACACAAACCUGACGAUCGAGAUUCGUGAUUCUUACCCCCGGAAUCGCAUUCGCGAUCGUAUGAUGGACCGGUUGCCUAAGAACGCCGCUUUGUCCAGGCCGUGGCAGCCGCCGGCUGAAGCACAGCCGGGCGGCGUAAAGAGGACCAUACACAACAGUUCGAGGAGCGGCAACGAAAGUGCAGACGAGCUGUCCAAGGAGUAUUUCUUCGACCGUCGGUCCCGGAAAACGAGCAAGUCGCCCGCUCAAGGCAUCAGAGUUGCCGAAGAGAAGAGGGUGAACGCACCUGAUUUGCCUGCAGCCAAGAUGUCUGUGUCUUCGUUUGUUCAGAGCCUGAUCGACGUGCCCCUGCAAGUAUCUGCUGCCUUUUGCUACCCGUCUCAUUCCUUCGUAUCCAGUGCGAUCUCGGAGGAGGGUAAUCUUAGCAUGACGGUCGAUCCACAGCUGUCUUAUGUUGUACGGCCGACGGAUGCCUCUUCCGCGCGAAAUGAGAAGCUGUCCUGGCUGAAAUGUAGCUUGGUCCGAACCAACGCGCUCAAGUACAACAAGCUGUCGCCCGUGGUUCUCUUUGACAUAUCACAGCGAGGCCAGCUCAAAGAUGGCCAGCUUGAAGACGGCCGGCUGGGACCACUGAUGGGGAUAAGAUUCAAAAAAGUCAAGGAUGCGGCAAGGCUGAUCGCUUGGGCAGCCAAUUGCUCAAACUAUGUUCGACUCGUAGAGGUUCAGGCAGACAAGGUAUGGCGAGCAUUUGACAACGCGCUGAACACUGCCAAGGAAGCGGGCCAGAAGCCAGUUCCCAACGACAGUGUAGAUGUCCUGUCCUUGGAUGCCAACGACAAGCCGUUGACAGGACAAAUAUCGGGCGCCUUGAGCUCUCCUUUGGAUGAAAGCCAAGAGAAAACGAUCAUCGCAACCGCUGUCAUGUCAUCGCCCACGCAGAAGAGUACGGAGGAGCCGGUGAUCCGAGCUACCAGACAAAGGGCAAGUCUUGGGGCAGCAGAGACGGUCGAUCUUGAGGAUCCUGCUCUUGGGGGAGACUUAAACAGCUGUCUGGAAAAUCGACGCAGCAGCAGAAACAAACUUUCGCAGUUUGGCACCGGCACAGCCGAGUUUGGGCUAGAACCUGUCAAGCGAUGGACGGAGGAGAACCCUGACUGGGCCAAGGACUGGAGGAUUCCGCUGACGUAUUCUCGCACAACGGUCGACAAGGAUGAUGUGGCGCGGCUUGACGAAGGCGAGUUUCUCAACGACAACGUGAUCAACUUCUACCUGCAGUUUCUGCAGAACACGCUGAAAAGGGGAGAGUCGAAUCUUGCAAAGCGGGUGUACUUUCACAACACAUUCUUCUACGAGAAGUUGAAGCCCAAGAAGGGCAGGGCGAUCUCGUUUGACGGCGUCCGAAGGUGGACGGCCAAGAUCGACCUGUUUUCAUACGACUACAUUGUGGUGCCGGUCAACGAGCAUUCCCAUUGGUGGGUGGCCAUCAUGAGCAAUGUACCGAAACUUGUUGCCGAGUCAAUGCCGAAGGACGAAUCGGAGCCUGACGUGCCAGAGGAUGCGGAUGCGGCGGCCAUUCCAGACGCGGGUGCUAAGAGCGACCCUCCGACAAGCGUGACCGUGGAUGACGAGCAGGCCGAGUGCAGAGAAAAGGGCACCGAAACAGCGACUGGCGGCACCGAAGAGGGCGGGGCAUCGGAAGACGUCAUGCCCGAGUCAAAGGACAAGACAACGAAUACGGUCCGGUUGGGUGAUGGCAAUGAGGCCGAUGGCAACGGCAACGACGAUGACGACAACAGCGAUGACGACGAGGUGACGGAGAUCAAGAGCGACAUCAUAGCAGUGCCGCCUCGACGGACAGCGUUCAAGAAGUUGAGCAAGGGACAAGUACGGAAGCUGUUUAUGAAGAAGACCAAGAGCCAGGACCCGAAAGCGGCGCGAAUUGUGACGCUGGACUCGCUCGGAAGCCCGCACAGCGUGUCGAUCGACCACCUGAAGCAGUGGUUGCUAGCGGAGAUGGAGGAGCGAAAGGGCAUCAAGCCAUCGCAUGCGGCCGGGCUGGGCAUGACGGCCAAGACGAUCCCACAGCAGGAGAACUUUUGCGACUGCGGCGUGUACCUGCUGCUCUACGUGCAGGAGUUUGUCAAGGACCCAGACGGGUUCAUGGAGGACAUGGUGCUGCACAACGAGCGGCAGUGGGACACGUCGGCGCCAGAGAUGCGGCGACAGCUGCGCGAUCUGAUCCUGCAGAUGCAGAAGGAGUACCAGGCGGCCGAGGAACAGGCCAAGCAGGCGCGGAGGAGAAACGGCCAGAACGCGGCCACAGCAGCAGCACGGACGAAGGCGGCCGCGAAGGCGACGAUGGACAUGGCUGUCAACACGGCAGCAGCUGACGCGAAUGCAAUUGUGGGAGGCAGUCCUCCGGGGGAACAGUCCUCCUCGCCGUGCAUAUCGACAUCGCCUCCACGGGCAGACAUGACGACUGCGGCCAAUCUGUCCGCUACGGCUGCUCCUGCGGACGGCAAGGAAGCAGGCUGGCUGUGCCAAAAGCCGGGCGACAGACCGGGAUCGUCUGCCUCGUCGUCUAUCGGCCCGGCCGAGGCAGGGAAACGUGCUGCGGCGACCGAAGAUCUGCCAUCGCAGCUCAGCGAAGAGAGGCCUGAGUCUGAGGAGGUCGAUUUGGUUCAGGAGAGCUUUGCUGAAGAGCCAGAACGCUUUCUAGGACAGGAAGCAUGGAAGGACGACGAUGUCGUGUUGAUAGGGUCACGGCCGUGCAGCUUUGCGCGUCGGACUGAUUUUGCAGCGGACACCACGACUGCUGAACAGCUGACGUCCACAGACGAGCAGCUGAGUUUUUUGCGAGACAAGUUUGACCUUCCGGUUGAGCGGUGUCUGGGCUUUGUCAGCAGCCGGCACGUGGUCCCGUCCGAAGCGGUGUACAACUAUAAGAGGCUGGCCUGCGUGAACGGGUCGGAGGACUACGGCAGCGAUUUGGACUUGGGGGGUCUGGACUGA